AUGGCACUGUUAACCAGAGUCCCUCGAAGACAUUGCUUGCAAACUGUCAAAUCGGCUUUGCUCCUCGCUGCUCCUCGACGGAGCAUUGCAUCUGGGGCGUCAGCGCCAACUAUUCAGAUUCAGGAUGAACAGCCGCAAGGAUUUCCUUCAGCUCAAAUACCAGUCCCAAGCCGUCCAGAGGCAAUCAAAAAUGCGAAGCCAUUCUCCGCCUUCCUCACCGACACCUUUCAACGGCAGCACAGCUAUCUCCGAAUAUCCCUAACAGAAAAAUGUAAUCUACGAUGUCUAUAUUGCAUGCCCGAGGAAGGUGUCCCUCAGUCACCGACACGCGACCUCCUCACAACCCCUGAAAUAUACCUUCUAUCCUCGACUUUCGUCUCUGAGGGUGUUACCAAGAUCCGCUUGACAGGUGGCGAACCUACUGUGAGGCGGGAUAUCAUCCCUUUAAUGAACCAACUUGGUUCUCUCCGUUCACAAGGCCUGCGAGAACUCUGCAUCACGACAAAUGGCAUAUCACUUCAUCGGAAGUUGGACAGUAUGGCCGAGGCUGGAUUGACGGGUGUAAAUCUAAGUCUUGACACUCUUGACCCAUUUCAAUUCCAGAUCAUGACUCGGAGGAAAGGAUUCGAGGCAGUGAUGAAAAGCAUGCAACGGAUUUUGGAGAUGAAUAAGUUGGGUGCCGGGAUAAAACUCAAGAUAAACUGCGUCGUCAUGCGUGGCAUGAAUGAGCGUGAGAUUAUCCCCUUCGUUGAACUGGGUCGCGAGCAGGAUCUCGAGGUCCGAUUCAUCGAAUACAUGCCGUUUGAUGGCAACAAGUGGAGCCAAGGGAAAAUGUUGGGUUAUAAGGAGAUGUUGGACAUGAUCCGGGCCAAGUAUCCCACGCUGCGGAAAGUCCAGGACCAUAAGAAUGAUACCAGCAAGACUUAUGAAAUCCCUGGGUUUGUUGGAAGAAUGGGGUUUAUUACAAGUAUGACGCAUAAUUUCUGCGGCACUUGUAAUAGGCUGCGUAUUACCAGUGACGGAAACCUUAAGGUAUGCUUAUUUGGCAACGCCGAGGUCUCAUUACGGGACAUCCUAAGGAAAUCAAACAAUGGCGAACCAAUCGACGAAGAAGCCUUCGAGGCGAUGAAGCAAAUAUCAAUGGAUCGAAAACAAGGCUUGACGACCUCUAAUGAUCCCCUUGGGGGGUCGGAACAUGAACGAGAACUGCUCGACGUUAUAGGUCUGGCAGUUAGCCGAAAGAAGGCGAAGCAUGCUGGAAUGGGCCAGUUGGAAAAUAUGAAGAACAGGCCGAUGAUCUUGAUAGAUGAGAACUCUACCCGUCAAACCUACUCCCCCGCCAUGUGGAAGCUCGGGAAAACCGUUCCUAUAUUCCAAUCGCUGUCGACUAGGAUCCAUAUUCCCACGCACCUUCUAACCACGACAUCAACGCAUCACAGAAGCCUUCGUCUUCAUUCUACAAAAUCUCCAUCCACUCCUCCAUCGCCAUCGCCACCACCAACAAACCUCACUCACCUAACCCCACAAGGCCACGCACACAUGGUCGCUAUAUCCUCCAAAACACCCACAACACGUACAGCCAUCGCAAAAUGCACAGUCUACUUCUCCAACCCUACAGCCGUGCCUCUAAUCCAGACCAACAACAUAAAAAAGGGGGACGUCCUAUCAGUAGCGCGGAUCGCAGGCAUUAUGGCAGCGAAGAAGACGAGCGACCUGAUACCGCUCUGUCACCCAAUUGGCAUCACGCACGUUGCUGUUGAUCUCGAUGUUGUUGGAUUAGGGGUGCUUGAUUCUGCGGAUGGCAAGGAUGAUGGAUCUCCUAGCCUGAAAGGGGGGGAGGUGGCAUUGGCUGGGGAAACCGGCCAGCAGAAGGAUGUCGAGGGUUUUGGGCGUGUCGAUAUUAAAGCUACGGUUACAUGUGACGGCAAGACUGGAGUGGAAAUGGAGGCGUUGACUGCAGCGAGCAUAGCGGCGCUUACUGUGUACGAUAUGUGCAAGGGUGUGGAUAAGGGGAUGAGAGUUAUGGAUUUAAGGGUUGUGAGGAAGGAAGGGGGGAAGAGUGGAGUUUGGGUUGAAGGGGAGAAGAUGGGCUGA